UAAUCGUUUAAAAGAGUGCCUGCUUGUGUUACUACAGGAGCUUGAAAAGAGUGACUGUGCGGCCCUUCGCAAUAAUAUUGUUGUAAUGAUGGCAGAUUUUUGUGUACGCUAUACUGCUCUAGUUGACUGUUACAUAUCAAAUAUCACAAAGUGUCUCUGUGAUCCAUGUGAGCUUGUGAGAAGACAGACAUUUAUACUGCUCUCCAGACUAUUACAGAGGGACUACGUGAAGUGGAGAGGUGUACUUUUCCUACGAUUUUUGUUAUCCCUUGUUGAUGAAUCGGAAAAAAUAAGACAUCUGGCUGAUUUUCUCUUUGGGAACAUCCUAAAAGCCAAGGCACCACUUCUAGCUUAUAAUAGUUUUGUUGAAGCUGUUUUUGUUCUGAAUGACUGCAAUGUGCAUACUGGACAUAGUAGUUCUCAGAGUUCAAGAGCUGAGAGCCGACUUUUCGCUAUUAGAGGUAAUGAUGAGAAAUCGAGGUCUAAAAGAAUGCACAUCUAUGUUUCAUUGCUGAAACAAAUGGCUCCAGAGCACCUUUUAGCCACUUUUGCCAAGGUAUGUGCAGAGAUCCUUGCUUCUGUAUCUGACGGCAUGCUGAGUAUAGAAGAUGCUACAGGACAAUCAGUUCUGCAGGAUGCUUUCCAAAUUCUCUCAAGCAAAGAAAUCCGAAUUCCAUCCAACCGCGGAUCAUCAUCCGAUCCUGGAGACAUGGAUGAAGAAGGUGGAGGAGAUAGCGGCAGUGCAGCUGCAGCUGCAGCUAGAGGAAGGGUUAUAACUCAAGCAGUCAAAAAAGGCCUGAUCCAAAACACAAUCCCCAUAUUCAUAGAGCUAAAACGUCUCUUGGAAAGCAAAAACAGCCCUUUAACCGGUUCCCUCAUGGAAUGCCUCCGAGUCCUUCUCAAGGACUACAAGAAUGAGAUCGAUGAGAUAUUGGUAGCUGAUAAACAGCUGCAGAAAGAGCUCAUUUACGACAUUCAAAAGUAUGAGUCGUUGAAGGCAAAGUCAACGGCUACUGAAACUGUUUCAAUGAUGCAAAGAUCAGAUGCAUUUCGUUCGCCUGGAACUUCCAAGGCCGUGACAGACAGUAAUGUGCAUAGUAAAGUACCUGGGAUGUUGAUGAGUGGGAAUUCGAAACUUGAUUCAGCAAUGGCAGAUGUGGUGGCUAGAGCCACGGCUCGGUCAGUGCUCAGGGAAGUGAAUCAGGGUGGUAAAACACCACCACUGAGUGCCAUGAGUGUGCCUAAGCUCAAGACUUCCAUGGGAGGAAUGGUUUCGAAAGGAGACCGGUCCGCAGCUGUACUGGAAUCUUUGAGAAGACAGUGUUUUGACUCUGAUGAAGAGAACUGAUCACUUUUUAGGCCAUAUGGGAACUGACUCUGUAGUUCAUUUUCGUUUUUUGAAGCUUAUUCCAUUGUACAUAAAACAUUCUUGUUAGUUCAUAAGAACAUUGUUGUAAUUUGUGGAUGUAGUCAAAUUACAUGACAUGUUUUAAU